UCAUUCAUCCAAUUCCAGCUCUCAGUUGAUAAAACGUAAAGGAACCAAAAAUAAAAUAGUUUUUAAGUUGGGAAUAUUCGAAUUAUCAAGGUGACGUGGAGGGAUAAUUGCUUGUCGUUAGAGAUAACUUCUCUUCAUUAUUAUUUGACCUUCUCUGCUCUUAUCAUAACGCCAUCUCGACCAAUUCUCGACGGAUCUGCAAACUCUUUUUCAUUCCAUCUCCUUCCUCUCUGUCGAUUUUUCAGACAAAAGGAUUAAUAUCAAUGGGACCCAAAGCUGGAACCUUUGUUCUUUUCUUGCUGGGUUUGACCUUUCUUUCUGACGCUAGAUCCUUCCUUCACCCCACCCUCUCAGAGGAAGUUACCAAGAAUGAAAACGUUUGCACUCUUUGUGAGGAGUAUGUUACCUCUGCCCUCACCUACCUUGAGAAAAACGAAACACAGACUCAGAUACUAGAGGACCUUCAUGAUCGGUGUUCCCUUAUCCGCGGAUUUGAGCAGCAGUGUAUAACUUUGGUUGACUACUAUCUCCCUCUGUUCUUCUUGCAUCUCGAGUCCUUUCAACCUCAUUAUUUCUGCAAGAGGAUGAAUCUCUGUGGUCACGUCGUUGCUCUUGUUAAAGAAGCUCGUCAGGAUACUUGCGGUGUUUGCCACAGGACUGUUUCUGAGAUUCUCAUCAAACUACAAGAUCCUGACACACAGCUGGAUGUAAUUGAGCUGCUUCUUAAGGGAUGCAAAUCGUUCAAAAACUAUGAAUACGAGAAGAAGUGCAAGAAGUUGGUGUUCGAGUAUGGACCUUUGAUCCUCGUAAAUGCAGAGGAGUUUCUUGUGAAAAACGACAUCUGCACACUCUUACGCGCGUGUCCGAACAAGCAAACGGUUCUAAGGCUGCCAGGGUUGGCGGAUUCUUGAAUGCUUUAAAACGGUGGUGGUGGUGGUAGGAACACAAAAAAGUUGCUCGUGUAUUUGUCCAUAAGAAUUUGUCCCAAAGGCUUUGUGAACUUGGAUUUAGACACAAGACUCUCCUUAAAAAACUGUUUAUUUUGCGUUUUGUGUAAAUAAUGAUCGUUUGCUACAAUUGUAUCUACAUCACCAUCUGCUUGUAUUUUACCAAAAUAUACUCUUUUUCUUCUUUUUACUCUCACGUUUCUUUGUUCCA